AAUAGAAUGAACGAUUCCCGAUAUCUCAAGUUGAAUGAUACUCGUGUCGUCUCGUAUGGGUUGUUUGAAUGAAACGAAUAGACAAGUUGUCAAACGUUUUAUUCUUUUCUCUGUUCUCUUAUUGACUCUUCCUCUUUUUAUAUUUCUUUAUAUACAACGAGGGGGAGGAAGUUUUCUGUUGAAAUAUUUGGGUUGGAGAAAUAGCUUGCAAACGAGUGCUUUUUUGGCAAUAGUUAUCGUUCAAAUAGUGCUAAUAUCCUAUGUUAUACUUGCAGAAAACUGGGUAUAUACAAAGUGCAAGUGGAUAAUACAAGUAAAGAGAGAGAGAAAGAGAGAAAAUUUAAUUGUUUUUCUCUCAUUCGUCGAAAAAAGCAUGUCUACAGAGAUGAACACUUGCCAAUCGAUUCUUAGUUUUUCAAACAAUAACUUUGUAUCUGUGUUACUUUCUUCAGCAAAGAAACCUUUAAAAAGUCAAAAUAUUCUAUUUGGAAAGCGAAAAUGGGGUACUUCAACGUUGAAGAAGAAGAAGAAUCGACAGGGACAAGGUUUCGUGCCUUCUGUACAGAGAAAAGACACAAACCUCACAACUUUUCAACCACUGACUGCCACUGUAGCUCCUCCUAAAAGUAGUCGCCACGUUGCUUCUUCAGUUAGUAACUCUGUCCAACACCCUAUGACACUGACUGAGAAGAUAUUGUCAAAGGCAGCCAACAGACCUUGUGUGAAGCCAGGAGAGAAUAUUUGGGUUAACGUAGACGUUCUAAUGACACACGACGUUUGUGGUCCAGGUACAAUAGGAAUCUUCAAAAGGGAAUUUGGAGAAAACGCAAAAGUAUGGGAUCCCGAAAAAGUGAUCAUCAUUCCUGACCACUACAUCUUUACGGCAGACCAAAGAGCUAAUAGGAACGUCGAUAUACUUCGUGAAUUUGCAAGAGAGCAAAAUAUCAAAUAUUUUUACGAUAUCAAAGACAGACAAAACUUUUUAAAUAACCCAGACUACAAAGGUGUAUGUCACAUUGCAUUAGCGCAAGAAGGACACACCAGACCUGGUGAAGUGUUAUUUGGAACAGACUCGCAUACUUGUAAUGCAGGAGCUUUUGGAAUGUUUGCUACAGGUAUUGGAAAUACAGAUGCUGGGUUUAUUUUGGGUACAGGAAAGCUUCUUAUCAAGGUUCCAGCAACUAUGAAGUUUGUGUUUCAUGGAGAUAUGCCGGAUUAUCUACUGGCAAAAGAUUUGAUACUUCAAAUUAUAGGAGAUAUUUCAGUAUCUGGUGCAACGUAUCGUACUUUGGAAUUUUCUGGAGAUAUCAUAUCUCAACUAUCGAUGGAGGAAAGACAAACGUUGUGCAACAUGGCUAUUGAAGCUGGAGGAAAGAAUGCAGUCAUUCCGUGUGACCAAACUACUUCUGAAUAUCUCAAGGGUAGGACGCAGCGUUCCUAUGAAGUAUUUCAGACUGAUUCAAGUGCCGACUUGUAUUCCCAUAGAGAAUACAUUACACAUCAACUGGAGCCAGUAGUAGCAAAACCUCAUUCUCCAGAUAAUCGAGAUCUUGCAAAGAACUGCAGCGAUGUUAAAGUUGAUCGGGUAUAUAUUGGUUCCUGCACUGGAGGAAAGACCGAAGACUUUAUUGCUGCUGCACGAAUAUUCAAGGACAGAAAAGUAAAGAUCCCCACUUUUCUAGUUCCUGCAACGAGACAAGUAUAUGAUGACAUUUAUCGUCUUUCCAUAGGAGGACAAACACUGGCUCAGAUAUUUGAACAAGCGGGCUGUAUUGGACCUGCGCCUCCUUCAUGUGCGGCAUGUUUAGGUGGACCUAAAGAUACAUUUGCACGCAUCAACGAACCUCUAGUGUGUGUAUCCACUACCAAUAGAAACUUUCCUGGUCGUAUGGGGUCCAAAGAUGGCCAAGUAUAUCUCGCUUCUCCAUAUACGGCAGCAGCAACUGCAUUGACAGGAUAUGUGACGGAUCCUCGUCAAGUUUAUGAUUUUGGUACCGAACACCGUUCAGCAUACUCACUAGUUGACUCUGCGUAAAAAUGGUGAAGGGGGAUUGGAUUAAAAUAAAAGAACAUAAUCGAUG